CACAUGUGGCUGCUCAGAAUAACUUCUGUGCCAACUUUCCUGGCUUGAAUUCUCAACAGAAAUCACAAUCACAAACUCAAAUGGGUUUCUCCAAUGGCCGGUCCACUUUCUGGACCAAGUGUCCAUUGUAUUGUUAAGUACCAGUAUUAUACAGAAAUACUUAAUAGAUCUAUUAACUGCCAAAAUUGCAAGAAGGCCUUCGUUGCAUGUGAUUCAGGUGUUGUUCCACUGGGAAGUAACAUGUGUCAGCCAAUCUUUCCCCAACAAGGAGUUGCUCAGAAUCAGGGUGCUUGCAAAGUUGAUCAACGGUCUCAAAGGAGUUUUACUACCGAGCAUGUUUUUACAGCCUUUACUCCAAAUGCAGUUCGUGCUUCUGAGGCUGGAACGAGAAAGGUAAAUGAUAAAAGAGGAAGGAAGCAAACUGUAGAAUCCUGUAAAAGCAGUAACGAGUGUGAUGAGGAUAUUGUUAUUGAAGGCAAUGGUGAUCUUAUGGCUAGAAAGAAGUUCAAUUCUCAAGUUGAGCAGAAUACGUGGAGAUCUGGUUAG